UUCCGUCAGUCUCUCCGUCGUUCCGUUGGCCCCUUAACGUAAUCUAACCUGCGAAGCAUUGGAGAAACGAAAAUUUAGGGCUCUUCUCGAAGCAGUGACUCGUCCAUUAGAGAAAGAACUCAAAUUUGCAGCAAAUCAGCAACUUGAAUCAGAUUAAAAUGUUUCACUGAACCAAAUUGUUACCCUCCCUCUUCGAUCUUUUCUCAUUCUCUCUAAAUUGAAUUCGAUGGACGAGUCCUCCAGCAAUCUUCCAACCAGCCACUUGCUUGGCUCAGUCCCGGCUGUUGUUAGUGAAGGAAAGGCAGCCACUAACCAAGAAGUUCCUGGUGCAAAUUUGCAAAUAUUUCCUCCCAAUAAUGGUGCAAGUAGGGGCCCGGGAUAUCAAACUCUCGGUGGUACCACUGAUGGUGAUGCACAACAGUCGACAAACAACUGGAAAGGAGUUUUUAGUAUCUCUUCUUACACCCAAUAUUUUAAUAUAGAUACAGACAUUUUGUUGAGCAGAUUGAUCAGUUCUUUGUAUCCUAUAAGUGGAGAUUUUUUCAGCAAGAUUGAUGCCAACCCAGACCUCUAUGGACUUGUUUGGAUCUCCACUACAUUGGUAUUUGUGAUUGCGUCGCUUGGAAAUUGUGCUACCUACCUAAUGCAUAGAAGAAGUGAUCGCAGUACUUCAUGGACUUUCGACGUCAGUUAUUUAAACGUGGCAGCUUGCUCCAUCUACGGUUAUUCGCUGAUAGUGCCACUGGCAUAUUACUUUUUGCUUCGGUACCUGGGAUCAAAUGCAAGCCUGAUACGCUUUUGGUGCUUGUGGGGAUAUUCCCUUUUCAUUUUCAUUCUAAGUUCUUUCCUGUUGGUUAUUCCAGUCGAGUUUCUGCGGUGGACUAUCAUAUUACUCAGUGGUGGUUUAUCAGCCAGCUUUGUUGCUUUGAACCUCAGAUCUUAUAUACAAGAGAGUGAAAUUACAGUAGUGGUUAUUUCUGCAUUUGUCCUGCAAAUGGGUCUGGCAAUCUUUAUCAAGAUGUGGUUUUUUGCAUAAAGCUCGAUUUUGGUUUGGUGUAUCUUGGGUGGCAAUUUUAUCAUUUGGGUUUUACUGUAUUGGGGUAAAGAGUUGUGAAAUGGAGUGGAAGCUAAAUUGUUGCGAACUUAUGGUGAUGUGGUUUUGUUGUCUAUGAAAAUUGAGGAAUUUGAACAUCAUUUAGACCAUUACAUAGGUUUCUGCAAAUAUACAAUGUAUGUAUUUGUCCUUGACAUGUCUAAAGAGUUGCACAUUGUUUUGGCUACUGCUUUAUAUUCGAUAGUGCAGCUUUACGGGAUCUUUUAAUCCCCGUCGUCA